AUGGCUUGGCCUAACCCUUUCCGACGCAAGACGGCCAAUACGCGCGAUUGCUGGGGAUACACUUUCGAAUUGACUGACAAACACCUCACGCCCGAGCAAUGCGACCCGUUAAAACACUCCUACGACCUCCUUGGCGAACAAGUACUUGAUCGAUUGAACGAGAUCUCGCCACCGCAAGACAAACAGUUACCGCGCGGUAAUAGCCACUUCACAACGACUCCGAACAACGACACAGACCAGAAAGAGGUGCCAGAUGAUGCGCCCAGGGUACCACAAAGAGAUCUGUAUGCGAUUUUGAAAGACCAUGCAGACUCUGAUAAGCUCCUUCAACGCUUUUGGAACGAUGUCAACACUGUUCCCUCGUGGGUCGAUUGGGCUCAAAUACAGCGAGGGCAAGAUGUGUUCUACAGAUAUGGCGGGGCUAUGUUGACUGGCCUAGCAUACCAGAGUCUGUUGGGCGGGAUGGGAGCAGCACGGGUCGUUGAGACGCUCGCAAGGACAGGAGGCUUUUCGACUAAGGUGGCAAGACGAAGGCUCUUCGAGACGACACAGCACAUCUUACAGUGUACGAAGAGUCUGGAGAGCAUGCAGCCGGGUGGUGAUGGAUUCGCGUCAACGAUCAGAGUGCGCUUGCUUCAUGCUGCUGUGCGACAACGUAUCAUGAAGCUUCGGGCCGGAAGACCCGAAUAUUACGACGUAGAAGCUUGGGGCAUACCUAUCAAUGACCUUGAUAACCUGGCUACAAUCACCACGUUCUCCGCAUCACUGAUCUGGGUGAGCUUACCUAGACAAGGAAUAUUUUUACGAAAGCAAGAAACGAUCGAUUACAUCGCUCUGUGGCGUUAUAUCGGUUACGUGAUAGGCUGUCCUCCCGGGUAUUUCGAGACUCCUGCACAAGCAAAACAAUUGAUGGAGGCUCUAUUGCUCUAUGAAAUCGAUCCGACUCCGACAUCGAAGAUCAUGGCCAAUAACAUCAUCAAAUCCUUGGAAAGCCAACCGCCAGGGUACACUUCUGCGGACUUCCUCGUGGCUUCAGCCCGAUGGCUAAAUGGGAAUGAUUUAUGUGACGCACUUGGCUUGAGUCGGCCAUCUGUAUACUAUCAAGCAUUGGUGAUCGGCCAGUGUUUCUUCUUCUGCAUUUUGAGUUACACGUAUCGGGCGAUCCCUUUCCUGGACAAACGAAAAAUCGAGACACUGAAGUCUAUCUUCUACGCAAUCAUCGUGCACUCGAAGUACGGGUUGAAGGGCGAGGAGAGCACUUUCUCCUUUAAAUAUGUUCCAGAAUACUCGACGAUAACGGAGAUGGGGGAGUGCGAGGAAGAGAAAGCUUGUUUUUCGCCUGUAGAGAGCAGAAACCUCAAGAGCUUUGUGAUCGGAGUCAGUGUGCUUGCAGUCGGUGGAUCGGCAGCGGCAUGGUUUGCGUAUGAACUAGCGAGUCGUUUGCUGUGGUAG